AGAGGAGAGAGCUCCGAGGCCAAAGCCAAAGCAAACAAGGAAUGGCUUCCGCAACACUUGCCUUCUUCUCCUCUUCUCUCACACCCACUGCAACACUCUCCCUCAAGCACAAAUCCUCAGCACCAAAAAAGACUCUUUCUUUCUCCAAUUUUGGCUUUCUUUCUCCUCACAGCCUUACUCUCUCUUCAAGACGGUCGCCUUCUCCCCUUCCCAAAUCAUCCGAAUCCGAACCGUCAGUCAUCGAAGUGGAGUCUAGUGAACCUAAUUCCGAAGCUCUCCAAGUGGUCGAAGAGCCGCCGCCCGAACUGCCUAAGCGCGAGGAGAUUUUUGCUGUGGUUAUGAUUGGGUCUCGCCAAUACAUUGUUUUCCCUGGUCGGUAUAUCUAUACUCAGAGGCUCAAAGGUGCUGAUGUCAAUGAUAAGAUUAUCCUGAACAGGGUGUUGCUUGUCGGCACCAAAACAAGUACUUACAUUGGAAAACCAGUGGUUCCAAAUGCUGCCGUGCAUGCUGUAGUUGAAGAGCAGGGAUUAAAUCCUAAAGUCAUGGUCUUCAAGUACAAGAAGAAAAAGAACUAUCGCAGAAACAUCGGUCAUCGACAGCCAAACACACGGAUAAGGAUUACGGGCAUCACGGGCUAUCAAGACUCCCCAGCUGUUACCCUUGAUUCAUAGGACUUCCCAAACAGUAACACCACACUGGUUGUAGCGAAAUUUCUUCCCUCUUGUUUCUUCUCCAUGCAGUUUGUUGAAAAUUUUGUAUGCAAUUUCCUUAAUUUUAGCCUUGUGGGAUUAUUUUGGCAUAAUUAUUUGGGGGCAGAGGAUUGAUUUUGUGCUGUUUUCACAUGUGGGGGGUUGGAGGGUGUGAACAGCAAGAACCCUAGAUACUAUCCAACACUAAUGCUGGUGUAAUUUAAAAUUUGUAUUAAUUAUUUGAUUUCUAUGUUUUACACAA